AUGAAGCCCAUAACAGAGCACCGGAUCGGGAAGGAACUCAUUGUGGAUGGUAAAGUCCAUCGGUCUGCUAUACUGCGCCGUCCCCAAAGCCGCUUGCACCAGCUGGAAUGCCUGGUUGCGGCAGCAGCACAACGACUCAAGAAGCCAAAGUCCCUCGGCCUCCUAUACUGCGCCAUACCCAAAGCCGCCUGCACCAGCUGGAAAAUGUGGUUUCGACAGCAACACAACGACUCAGACGCACACAACCUCCGAACCACGCACCUCCCCGCACGCUCCCGCCUCCCGGUGCUCUGGUUCGGCAUGACCGAGCCUGAGGCGAUACGUGCGGUGACGCGGCGGGAUCUGGUUCGGUUUGUGUUUGUGCGGGAUCCGUUCUCGCGGGUGGUGUCUGCUUUUGUGAACAAGCACGUGCAGGCGGAGCAAGGGGGGUGGGGCAAGAGACGGUGGUGGUCCCUGUUGUUCUUCCAGCAUCUCUUCUGGACCAGCAACACCACCCACCGCCCCCUACGCUGGAAGGACCUGCUCUCUGCGCACCUCCCCUUUCUCUCUCCUUCCUCCUCCUCCUCCUCCUCCUCCUCCUCCUCCUCCUCCUCCUCCUCCUCCUCCUCCUCCUCCUCCUCCCCAUCCUCCUCCCCCCAUCCCUCCGCCCCAGCACUCUCUCUCCACACCAUGCUGCGCCUGCAAGCGGGGGGAACGCUGUCAUUCGAGGAGUUUGUCUCGUUGCUUGAGGCAGCAAGAGAGGCGGAUGGAGAGCGGUUGAUGGACAAUCAUAUAGCACCGCAGGUGGGUGGGAGAGAUACAGAUGGUGGGUGGGAGGAUGCAGGUGGGUGGGGGCUGCAAGCAGGGGGCAAACUGUCAUUCAAGGAGUUCGUGACUUCGGUCGAGGCAGCAAGGGCGGCGGAUGGAGAGCGGUUGAUGGACAACCAUAUAGUGCCGCAGGUGGGUGGGAGGCUGCAGGUGGGGGGGAGGCGGCAAGCGGGGCGGGGGGCAAUCACAUAG